AAAGACAUCACUGAAGAAUGAAUCCUAUUUGGAGGGCAGUUGAAGGACGGGAAUCAGAAAGAGAUAGCAACAUUCUCAAGCGCAUCAAAAAUUAUUUUCUUAGCAAAUUUCAUUCGUUCACCGAUUUCUAGAACGUUCAAACCUAUUUUUGCCGAUUUUAAGUGAAAAACUCAAAAAUGCCCAUCAAGUCAAUCAAAGCUCGUCAAAUUUUCGACUCACGUGGUAAUCCCACUGUCGAAGUUGAUCUUGUAACUGACAAUGGAUUGUUCCGUGCUGCUGUACCUUCAGGUGCUUCAACUGGUAUCCAUGAAGCUCUUGAGUUGCGUGACAAAGAAGCCGCUAACUGGAUGGGCAAAGGUGUCUUGAAAGCUGUCGCUCAUGUCAACGAUUCUUUGGGACCAGAAGUCCUUAAGUCAGGUUUAGAUGAAACCAAGCAACGCGAGAUUGACGAGCUGAUGAUCAAGCUUGACGGAACACCAAACAAGAGCAAAUAUGGUGCAAAUGCCAUUUUAGGUAUUUCACUUGCUGUUUGCAAAGCUGGUGCUGCCAAGAAAGGCAUUCCACUUUACCGUCACAUUGCUGAUUUAGCUGGCAACAAAGACAUUUGGCUUCCAGUUCCAGCAUUCAAUGUCAUCAAUGGUGGUGAACAUGCUGGCAACAUGUUGGCAAUGCAGGAAUUCAUGUUGUUGCCUCUUGGAGCUAAAUCUUUCACUGAAGCCAUGAAAAUGGGAGUUGAAACUUAUCACAACUUGGCUAAAGUCAUCCAGCAAAAGUUCGGCAAAGACGCAACAGCUGUCGGUGACGAAGGGGGAUUCGCUCCAAACAUCUUGGACAACCGUGAUGGUUUACAGUUGAUUGUUGAUGCAAUCGAAAAAGCUGGAUAUACUGGAAAAAUCAAGAUCGGCAUGGAUGUUGCUGCUUCAGAAUUUAAAGAUGAUGAUGGCUCAUACGAUUUGUACAAGAAGGAUAAGCAAAAGGAUAAGACCCGCAACUUGAGCUCAGACAAACUUGGUGAUCUCUACAUGGAAUUCAUUCGCGACUUCCCCAUUGUCAGCAUUGAAGAUCCCUUCGAUCAAGAUGACUGGGAAGCAUGGACAAAGCUCAAUGCUCGUGCUGGCAUUCAAAUUGUUGGCGAUGAUUUGACUGUCACAACCCCGACAAGAAUCCAAACAGCUGUCGAGAAGGGCGCUUGCAACUGUUUGUUGUUGAAAGUCAAUCAAAUUGGCUCAGUAACUGAAUCUAUCGACGCUCAUUUAUUGGCUAAGAAGAAUGGAUGGGGAACCAUGGUGUCUCAUCGUUCAGGUGAAACCGAGGAUUCCUUCAUUGCUGAUUUGGUUGUUGGAUUGUCUACCGGUCAAAUUAAAACAGGCGCUCCAUGCCGUUCCGAAAGAUUGUGCAAAUACAAUCAAAUUUUGCGCAUUGAAGAAGAGCUCGGCAGUGCAGCCAAAUUCUCUGGUGAAAAAUUCCGCAAUCCACAUGCUUAAAUUAACCAAUUUCAAACUCUCUAUCAACGUUUAAUCACCAAAACAAACAUAUGAGACAUCCCAGCAAGUAGUCAACUUCUAAACUGCAUUUCAAUAUUUUCGAUUUAUCUCUUUCAAACAAAUCGAUCAUCGAUGACAUCAUUGAUCACAAUAUUUAUUAAUCCCUGGUUAAAGAUGUUUCUAUGAUGUCUUUUAUCUUAUUUAUAAAUAUUUGUUAAUUAAAUUCAAAAGACGCACCUCUAAGGAACGCCAAUGUUUAAUUAUAACUCGAUGUCAUAAAUUUGGGAAAAUAAAAAAUUGUUCCUUUUAAUUUAUAAAUUAAAAAUAA